AUGCGCAGCAAUGCGCUUAUCAUAUCACAACUGCUCGUCUACAUGGUCAAUUGUGGCGUCAUCAUCGAUAGUGAUUAUAAUGUGAGCUCCGAUGAGGAUCCGGUCACCGAGGCGUCGACGUACCGCAAAAAGAAUUGCACUCUUCAGCCGGAAAUUAUUGACAAACUGCUCAAUGGCACUGGAUAUAACAAGUUUCGGAUUCCGAAUGAAGAUGGAGUACGAGUGGACGUCGAGUUCUGGAUUCAAGCGAUUACAUCGAUCAACGAGAUCACCAAUGAUUUUGAGAUGGACAUUUAUAUCAACGAAAUGUGGCUGGACCCGGCUUUGAGCUUUGAGCACCUCAAUCCAUGCAAAGAGAACUUGUCUUUAAGUCAUCAGGUUCUCGAUAGAUUAUGGACGCCUAAUAGUUGUUUUAUCAAUAGUAAAUUUGCUGAAAUUCACGAUUCGCCAUUCAAGAACGUCUUUCUCCUUCUCUAUCCCAAUGGAACAGUAUGGGUCAACUAUAGGGUUACUGUCAAAGGACCAUGUAGUUUGUCUUUAGAACUGUUUCCAUUAGACAUUCAGGAAUGCAAUUUGAUUUAUGAAAGCUUCAAUUAUAACAAUCAAGAGGUUCGAAUGCGCUGGAAUGAAUUCAAUCCAGCACCGGUUUAUACAACAACGCAGAUCAUGUUGCCCGAUUUUGUGCUCAGCAAAAUUCGGCCUACAAGAAUUUCGGCGCCCUAUCCUGCUGGAAUGUGGGACGAGCUUCACGUGAAACUGGUAUUUGAAAGACGCUAUAUAUGGUAUUUCAUGCAAGCCUACCUACCGACCUAUCUUACCAUUUUUAUAAGUUGGAUAUCCUUUUCUCUUGGAUCCAAGGCGAUGCCGGCAAGAACGAUGCUCGGUGUCAACGCCUUAUUAGCAAUGAUUUUUCAAUUUGGAAAUAUUAUGAGAAACCUGCCAAGAGUUUCUUAUAUUAAAGCUAUAGAUGUAUGGAUGCUGGUUUCAAUGACAUUCAUCUUUUGCUCGCUUCUAGAAUUAGCCAUAAUUGGGUAUAAGGCGAAAAAUGAGGAGUCUGGCAAAAAGAAGUGCUCACAUAUGAAGCUGGUUGAUAACUUUGAGUCCUCGCCGGCUGGUCUUUGUAGAUAUGAGAAGAGAUUUAUGCUGCCGGUCGAUCGUCGAACCCCGAAUUGGUCCGGCAUUUUCCGCUUCAAGACACUUCAGGAUAUUUGGAAUUGGCCACCCGAUAAAAUCGACAAAAUCUCGGCGAUCAUGUUUCCCGCGUGCUUCGCUAUAUUUAAUAUUGUCUAUUGGUCAUAUUAUUACAAUAAGAAAUUGGAAAAAGCUGCUGAGAUGCGUUUAGACGAAAACGAUUAG